AUGGAGUGUGUAAUAGACAAUUCUAAUAAAGAAAUGGAUAUCCUGGUGGAGUCUAGAGCAGAAGGUCCAGUUAAAAUUUAUGAGGGUUUUCCUCAGCGAGAUGGAAUGGUGUACCAACUUACAGUGGCAAAUGAGAGUGAGAGAGAAGUAGUAAUAACUCCUGGUACCGUAUUAGCUUCAGCUGUGGCAGUCGAUAUGAAGGAAGAAGUGCUUGCAGAACCUAUGAAUGGAUUCAUUGGAGUGACAAUUGCUGAAAUAGCUGUGGAAAAAGGGAUGCCUCAGGAUGGACCAGAGUUUGGAUUACAAGUGACUGCAAUCGAGGGGCCAAGUGAAGCAGGUACAGAAUAUUUGUGUAAAGAUGGAACCAGACUGGUUUUGCCACGUGGGGUGAAUUUGGUUGGCGUUGAUCAGGUCGAAGCUGAUAUGAUAGCAAAAUUGCUUCAUAAGAAUCAGACGGUUUUUUCUCAAGAUAGUAUGGACCUUGGGUUCUGCAAUGUCAUUCCCCACCAGAUCAAUUUGAAAGACGGGAAACCAAUCCGGUUACCAUACCGACGGAUACCACCAGCACAGAUACCAGAAAUCAGGCAGUUACUGCAAGAAAUGCUAGAGAAGAGGAUCAUUAGAAAAUCUAAAAGCCCCUUUGCAAGUGCUGUAGUGCCAGUCCGUAAGAGAGAUGGAUCCUUACGUCUAUGUGUAGACUAUCGUCGUUUAAAUCUACAAACAGUUAGAGACUCGUUCCCCCUCACUCGCAUAGAGGAAAGUUUAGAAGCUAUGAGUGGUGCGAAGUUCUUCACUUCCUUGGAUCUUGCACAUCGUAACUUUCAGGUUGCGAUGCACCCAAACAGUGUGGAGAAAACAGCGUUUAUGGUGCCUUGGGGAUUAUUUGAGUUUACUAGAAUGCCUCAAGGACUGAUAAAGCUUUUCAGCGUGUCAUGGAAUUGGUUUUUGCUGAUCUUAACUUAUCACACCUUAUUAUUUAUUUGGAUGAUAUUUUGGUUUUUGCACCUACAAUUGAAGAGCAUGUAG